AUGCUUGCUCCCAUCCGCGCGUUCCUCAGCAGCAAGCGACGCUUUGGUCCGCCAUCCCCGCCGCUGCACUGGCUCCACAUCCGCCAGGGCAGAUCAGGCGCGCCAGGCACCGUCGUCUUGAAGCCCUUUGGUUGUUCCGUCGUUCCGCGCUCGGAAGAGGCCGCACGCCCUGCAUCUGCAGGUAUCAGCGCCUACGUACCCCGCAUCGCGCUGCUGCAUCGUCGCCAGCUGAUCCAGCGCUGA